GGAGGGUCAGGGUCCAGUGAGUCACUCUAGGUGUUGUCAGUCAGCUCCAUUGAUCACUAACUACACCCUUCACUCUCCACCCCUGCCAGACACUUAAGCAUACAGUCAUGGGUGACCAAUACCAAGUGAUCACGGCCCCGCUGGUCAACGUGCGCAUCACCAGCAGCCUUAAUAGUUUUAUGGCUGAGAAGAGAUUUGACCGUGGACUGACCAUCGGUGACUUUAAGGGUCGCCUCGAGCUCAUAACGGGAGCCUCAUGUGGGUCGAUGUCUCUGGAAGUUUUUGACGAAAAUGAUAAACUGGUUUGUGCCCUUAACGACGACAGUGCCCUCCUAGGAUCCUUCAACGUGGAGGAAAACUACCGGAUCCAUGUUACAGAUAACUCCAAAAAAAUGGGGGAAUUUGAGGACUUGUCAAAGGUUGAAAAAUACGAGCUGUCUGAAGAGGAAUAUAGCAAACGAAAUGACAGUGUACGAUCAUUCCUGUUGAAGAACAAGCUGGGCAAGUAUAAUGCAGAGGAACAACAGAAACUCCAGGAGGAGAAGGAAGCUCUUGAGAAAGUUGAGAAGGAGAAAGCAGAAACAAUUACUGUGGGAAGUCGCUGUGAGGUAAGAGUUCAGGGUGAAGCUGUGCGCCGCGGAGAAGUCAUGUACGUUGGCAAGGUGCACUUCAAGUCUGGCUUAUGGGUGGGCGUCAAAUAUGAUGAGCCCCUCGGCAAGAAUGAUGGAAGCAUCGGUGGUAAACGUUACUUCGAAUGUCCCAUGAAAUAUGGAGGAUUCGCUCGACCAGCGUUUUGUGAAGUUGGAGAUUUUCCUGAAAUAAAUUAUGAAGAUGAUGAGAUGUAAGCUUAAGUUUAAGUCGUACAUGUAGUGAUACUCACCAUAUUUUUCACAUUGAAGAUACUUUACGUUUAAUUUCUGGUGAUAAUUUUAUGCUAUGAUAUUUUUUCUUAAUGAUGAGAGAAAAGCUUUGAUGCUGUGACAUGGGUAGAAAGAUUAGAAGUGUCUAUCAACAUGAAACUAUUGUAGUGGCCCAACUGUAAUGGUGUAACCGUCACAAGAAAACUUCCACACAUUAGUAAGGUGCCUCCAGCAAUACAUUAAACUGUAUUUGUAAUAAUUGCUCAAAACAGAGGUUCAACAUCUUUCUCAUUCUUAUAUUGACCUUCAUAAGAAAUGUUAUAAUUUGGGUAUUUUCCAUAGUAUAAUUUACUGGGUUUUGCAAGAUGCACUUUUUGUAUAUUACUGUAUUUAAGAAUUAAAGCACAGAUUAAAAAAAGUUUGUCAGCAAUCUGUGUCACUCUUUCAAAUAGAGGUGGCUCAAUGAAACUGUACUGUAACCUUUUGGAUCACUAAGCUGCUUGGCUAGUGUUUGGAAGUUAGGGCUGAGGUCAGAAUAAAGUUGUUGGAUUUAUUGAUCAGUUACCUGAAGGCAAAUGCUUCUUUGUUUAUUCUUGAAUGGAUGAUCCUCUCUGUUUCAUGGUGAGACUUUUAUUACUACUGUUUUUAUUGUUAGUUUAUGUUAUCAAUAGAGGCUUUUGGUUCCAGCUUGUAAAGAGGCAAGAAUCUGCUUUGCAUCAGUACCAUUAUUCACUGUGUGUGUUCUCAUUAGUGAUUUUUUUCUGUAAAUUAGGAAAGCUGUAGCAAUUUUGGUAAUGAGUUAGCAGUCUAGAGAUGCCUCAGACUGACCCACUGAAGAAAGGUGUGUAAACUCUAGCAUUGGCAUUACUGAUGAAUGAUGACUUGAAAAACUUAGUCAAGCUUUUGUGGUUUUGUGUUGAGAAGUUGAAUUUUGGCCUCUACUGCAUCAGACUCCUGAAGGCGGUGAAAUCAUUUUAGGAAGGUGACCAGGGUAGUGGCUGAUGACUGGCAAUAUGUAACACAUCUCUGAUUUAUCGAUGUGUCUUAGGUAACCAAAACCUUAGGUCUUACUGUGCAUCAACACCCCCAGUAGUAUAGUUUAGAGAUGAAGUUUUGAGAUUCUUUGUCUUUGAAACAGUGAGAGAUAUAGAAUGUGGGAUUGUAAUGAGCAUUUACCAAUUUUCAAUCCCAGUAAAAGGUUGGAAUGAUGGGGGAGAUGUACAAGAUGAGAGAGAUAUAAGUCGAGGUGGUUUCUUGUAUGGAAGGAUUCGAGUAAUUAAGAAUACAUGUGAAGAAGAGGAAGGGGAGAACCAAACAAUGAAAUAUAUGGUUAAAUCGAAAGAGCACAUGGGUGAGAGAGAGAAAAUAGUGUUUAUAAAAAUUGGUAAGAGGUGAUAAUUGUGAGUACUGUACAGUAUAUGAGUGAGGUAGUAAGUGGAAUGUAUGGGUGAGAUGGUUGGGUUUGUUAUAGAAAUGUGUGAAGAUAAGACUGAUGAUGAUGAGUCAGGCAUACAGUAAGUCACCCUGGUCAAGUGAUAAUGAAUCUAUUCCCUUUUUGAUCCCAGGUUUGAGAUAUAUGAGUGAAUAUAAGAACCUAUGUUUCCUUGGUGUGUAUUAGGUAAUGUUUAUCUGUAAGAGCAGAGUUCCAUUUGCUUCUUUAAAUGUUGAAUAUAUGUUUGGCUGAUUAUCUUUGAGUAUGGGAAAACAGAAUUUAUGAUGUACACGUGUUAUUGUUUGAUAGAAAUUUUGUUUUGGACGGAAUAUUAUUGUCAGAAAUCACUCACAAAAUAUGCCUAUGAAAAUAGUGUUAUAUAUAUAUAUUUUUAUACCAACAGUAAAUGCCAAAUUAUUUUGAAGUACACCUAGAUUAAAUAUGUUAUUAGAAUGAUGGAAGAAGUCAGUGGCAUCCAUGUAGUGGGCAUGAGAGCCUACAUUCUAGUUGAUUAGAUUUAUCAGUUCAGGAUUUCCCUCUAGUCAUGGGGUGUUGUCUCACUUGUGUACAGUUCAUUCUUGAGUUGGUAGAUUCGGUUUUAUGUGGCCAGGGACUGCUCUUGCCUUAGGCGGCAUCAUGCUCCCACCAUAGUAUGGAGAGAGUGAUGUAACUGAUUUGAAUUUUGUGACAGAAUUACUGAAGAACAAUGUUGUUUAUUAUUUUAUCAAGCAGUUCAAAUGACUAAAACAGUAAAGUGGCACACUCAACUUAGAAUUAAGAUCACAGUGUGUUCUAGUUACUUAUUUCCAAUUUAACAUGUAAGUACUCAAUAGUUAUCCCAAAUUGGUACUCAGUUUGUCUGGUGUUUGUGCACUGGUUUGGUUGAUGUAGCCAUGGUAUUGAAGCCUUACUGCUUAUUAUGUUCUCAUGUUUAGUAAGUUGUUGAACGCUUUGUAUCUAAUAAGUAGAUUUAAGUUGGUUUCUGUGAGUAUGAAGGCCCACCAUGUUAUGCAGGCAUGAGUUGGCUGACCUGAUUUUGCAGUUGUAUAUUUUGUGUGUAUUCUUGAGUAGCCUCAUAUGGUAUCCCGAGAGUUUGUGUUUGUGGGAAAAAUAUGUAUUUUACUUGAAUAUAGAAAACUGAUCUGGAUGGAUAUACUGUAGUAGAGAUAUUGGGACUGAAAUUAAAGUUUGAAUGAUGAUGAUAGUGGAUACACGCUUACUCUGUAUAAGUAACAUCUAAUUAAAAUAUGUAAAAUUAAAGUGUUCUCUGUGAUGUAUGCAGCAUUCCAAAAAAAUUUGUACGAUGGGUUUAGUUGGCAGAAAUUUAUAACCUAUGUUUUUUACAUUGUGUAUAUUCUGAGUGAUGCAUGAGUAGAGCUUCCUUUUGGUCACAGUAUGUUUUGGUUAAACAAGCCACGGGGUGUACAUUAUAAGAGUACUGUACUGUAUAAUAUUUAUAUACUCUACAGUACAGUAUGUAUAGAUGAAGAUGCAACUCGGUUGGUAAUGCAUUUGCCUCGCAAGCAAAAGAUUGUGGGUUUGAUUCCUGACUGAAGUGAUGGUUGGGAUCUCACCUUGUUCUCUACCCCUUGUGCACUUAGCAAUGAGCUCUGUACACCUUUAGAGUGCACUUAGCAAUGGUAAAAUAAUUCUUUGGUGGACAAGCUGACUAGGUGCCUGCCACAGCGGUGAGAUAACCUGCUGACUGCUAAGAAUCAGACUAACACCUCUCUAGCCACCCAUUAUCAUGGCAGGAAAUGGUUUAUGUGCAUAAUUGUUUUAAAUUUUUUUUUUUCAAGUUAUCGUUUUAGAUAUACCGGUACUGUAUGUGUAUUUCGGUUUGAGUGAUCAGUAAUUGAAGUUUAUCAAAAUAUUUGUUAUUUUAUAAUUGCAGUAUCUACAAUUAGUGUUUUAUUUAGUGGGCAGCUCACUUUUCUGACAAGUCAGGACCUUGUAAAUAGUUUUAAGUUCAUAGGCAAACGUCACACAAUUUGCAGGAAAUAAUUCCACGAAGAGUUUACAUCUUCAGCCUUAUUUGAGUGUGUUUUGCAUGUACUGAUUGGGUUUUGUGUUGUGGCUUGAGCAAAGUUUAGGGUACUAAAUACAAAUUGGUAGAACCUGAAGUACUUGUGGUAUAAUACUUGCUGCUUAAAGUGUUGCUGCAAGAUUCUAGAGGUGGCAACACCUCCCCAAAAACGGCAGUGUCCAGAUGAUUAUUAAAUCAGACAUAUUAUAGUAAUAUAAUAUCUGUAUACCUAGAGUUUGAUACAGGCGGUCUCCGAGUAAUGACCGUCCGACUUAUUAUCGUCCGCACUUACAAACAGGAACCAAAUACUGUACACUGUACAUCAUCCCCCCAAAAAUUUAUGUGUGGGAUAUUAAUUUUGUUUUGUGUGGUAAAGGUUGUGUUUUAACCUAACCUAAAUUAUGGAAUUAACUCUUUUCUGACUUCCCAACAAAUUGACUUAUGAUGAGGGUCCAGGAAUUUAUCCCUUUCGUAAGUUGAGGACUGCCUGUGACCACACUGGCAGCCUUGAUGUUAAGGUAGUCUCAAGUAAGCAUCACCACACAUUAAGGAGUAUAGGAAUGAAAUGUAGCUUUAAUGACCUACAACCUUGUGUAGCUAGUAACAGAUAAAGUAUUAGAGGAGUUGAGUUAGUAUUGGAGAACAGGCGGGGUAGGAUUAGUAUACUAAGCAAAUUUGACUUGAGAUAUAGUACCUAAGACACAGAUGGUGUAACUUUGGCAUGGGAUAUUAACCAUGUUCACAUUUGUGUAAAAAAUAUUUUCAUGUAUCGUCCAUCACAUGUAAAGAGUAAGGACAGGUGAAAAAAAAAAUGUACAUAACACUUCUUGUGAAAAGCAAGUACAGUGCUGUAAAUGAUAAACUAUCAAGUUCUCUUAAACUUUGCACAUACAAGGUAUAUGUUAAGUGAUAUUGUAUUGCAGAUAAAGGUCCAGUACCUUUAAGUUGGUUAUAUAUAUGUAAUCAUGAGACACUGUUGCUGUACACUAAUGAAUAGAAUGGUUCCUUAAAUAGAGCCACUUAGAGGUAACACCAUAUAAAAAACAGUCCUUUUGCAUAGACCCAAGACUGCUCGAGAUUUAAAUGAGAGUCCCAUAGCCUAAGACCCAUUAUGGGUCAGUUUGGAUAUAUCACUAAAUUGCUAAACAUUGGGUAAACUGAGGCAGUGUGCUGGUGCUGCAAUUUGCCACUUACACUUCCUCAGUUGUAAAGUUAGGUAUCCAUUCACAGUUGGGUGGAUUGGCAAUGCUUUGAGCAACUUUUAGGAUAGGAGGCAAGUGCUGGAACCAAUUUAUGUAUGGUAUUGUAUAAGAAAAUAGCUUUGCAUAAAGUGUGGCAUGAAGAGUUGAGGAUGGAAAAGUAUUGGGAUUUUUGUAUUUUGGGAUUGAUUGUUUGGAAACAACGGUGUCAACGAAUCUUGAUAUUUUUGAAGAUCUAUAUUAUUAAAAUUAGUUACCAUGGCUUAGCAGCAUUCUCCAAGUGGUUCAUUAUUCUUGUGAUCCUCGGAUAUUUUGAGUAGAUAAAUACAGUACACGAACACCUGCCAGAGGCUUGGGAGAAUAUACUUUUGUUUUAUAAUUUUAUAAUACAAGUUCGGUAUACUCGUCAUCUUUUGUAACUGUUGGUUGGAAAUUGAAUGACACUGCCAUGUUGGUGAUGUAUCAAUGUGACCCACUCACCAAGUGACAGUCUAUUAACAAACACUGAUUUUUGUUGAGGAUAUCAACAGUGAGCCGAGCCUAAUUGAUGGAUCAGUCUAAAAGCUGCUAUGGUAGACAUAUUGUUCUUAUUUUUCACUAUCAUUUUCAUUGUGACCUUGGGCUUGAGAUUUGAUUUGCAGGUCACUCAUUCAGUUGUGUGCAAUAAGAUAAGGUGGCUGAGCUGAGUCUCUCCUCAUUAGUUGUGGGUAUUUGUGAAUCAUUUGGGAUUGUACCACAGUGAAAUAUUCUAGUUAACAAAUUAAUGGUACAUCAUUAAGAAUUCAAGUUCCUGUGUGAAUGAUCAAUGUAUAUGGAAUAGAUUCUUAGAGCCUGCAGGUUAGAUGAUAAUGGAAGGCCUUCUGUAUUAAUUUCAUCUUUUAACAUAGUACUUUGGUGUUUCACUCUGAAAUUAUAUGAAAAAAAAAAAUCGUGAAAUAUAGCUUAAGGUUAUCACUGUUGCACCAAAGACUUUUUUAAAACUUUUGUUUGUUUAUAUUUUUUUACAUCUCCAUAUUGUUAGUAGUAAUGGAAAGUGGUUUUCAGUUACUGUCAGUUAAAUACAUUAUUGUAUACAUGUAUUGUGUUGUGAAAUACGGACAGAUAUAAGUCGCUCGGAGGCACACAAGUGUCGUGUACUGUACCUUUUUUUACAUUCGGAAAUUGUUUUGUGAUUUUGAUUAUGAAACAUGAUUAAGUAAUUUAUAUAUUAUUACAGUAUUUUUUGUAUAUUCUGUUAUCAAGCCAUUGAUAUCUAUAAAGCACAUAGAUUGAAAUAAACUGUAAACCACA